AUGUUCUCAAGUCGAAUCAUAGGGGGAUUUCUUUUGUACAUUCCUAUGAUUUGUGGAGUGGAACAUGAGGAAUGCUUGGUCAUGAAAUCUGCGUUUAGAAACUUGUACAUCAAACUUGAGGCUGUUUCACGGAGAACAGGUGUAUCACCCUCGCAUGCAUUGCAGGCGCAUUUCGUCCAGAUAAAUUGGUUUGGCAAUGAAACCAGUGCACACGAAUAA